GCGGGCAAGAAGGCAGCGGGCGACAUCGGCGCGAUCUUCGACUUCAAGGAGACGCUGGGAACUGGUGCAUUUUCUGAAGUAGUUUUGGCGGAAAACAGGUCUACUGGAAAACUAUUUGCAGUUAAGUGCAUCCCAAAGAAAGCCCUGAAAGGAAAGGAAAGCAGUAUAGAGAAUGAAAUUGCAGUUCUAAGAAAAAUCAAGCAUGAAAAUAUUGUUGCGCUGGAAGAUAUCUAUGAGAGUCCAAACCACUUGUAUCUGGUCAUGCAACUAGUUUCAGGAGGGGAGUUGUUUGACCGCAUUGUGGAGAAAGGAUUCUAUACUGAAAAAGAUGCAAGCACCCUAAUACGGCAGGUCCUAGACGCUGUGUAUUAUCUCCAUAGGAUGGGCAUUGUUCACAGAGAUCUGAAGCCUGAAAACUUGUUGUACUACAGCCAGGAUGAAGAAUCUAAAAUCAUGAUUAGUGAUUUUGGCCUGUCAAAAAUGGAGGGUAAAGGCAACAUAAUGUCCACGGCAUGUGGUACCCCAGGAUAUGUUGCUCCUGAAGUGCUGGCCCAGAAACCUUACAGCAAAGCAGUGGACUGUUGGUCCAUUGGAGUCAUUGCUUAUAUCCUGCUCUGUGGGUAUCCUCCCUUCUAUGAUGAAAAUGACUCUAAGCUUUUUGAGCAGAUCCUUAAGGCAGAAUAUGAAUUUGAUUCUCCAUAUUGGGAUGACAUCUCCGAGUCUGCUAAAGACUUCAUUCGAAAUCUGAUGGAGAAAGACCCCAGUAAAAGAUACACCUGUGAACAGGCAGUCCAGCACCCCUGGAUCGCUGGUGACACAGCCCUCAGUAAAAACAUCCAUGAAUCUGUCAGUGCUCAGAUCCGCAAGAACUUUGCAAAAAGCAAAUGGAGACAAGCAUUUAAUGCCACAGCAGUUGUGAGGCACAUGAGAAGAUUACACCUCGGCAGCAGUUUGGACAGUUCAAAUGUAAACGUGUCAAGCGCUCUCAGUCUGGCCAACCCCCUCUCCGAUGGAACAGCCAAGAAGGAUUAUAUAUCCCCAUCUACUCUCUGUAGUUUUGCAUCAUCGGCUUCAUCUGGCAUUUCAGCUGUAGGAGAGAGAAGAACCAGGCAGACCACAGUAACAACAGUGCAUACAGGGACCAAGUGAUCCAGAGCUGCCACCUACCGCUACAGGAGGAGGUCAGAAGUGGGGGACAUGCCCAGGUGGGCAUACCGAUGGGCAGGCGGGCAAACCUUCACCCAGUGAUUUCAUCCUAUGUUGCAAACUCAGCAAACAACAAGAGGAAAAGAAGAAUUUUUUUUCAAUGUCCAUAUUUUAUACUGCAAUUCUGAAAUGUUGCAUUUAUCACAAACUUUAAUGACUUCCACAGGAUGGGAGGGAGGGGGUCUGGAUCAGGCCCAAGAGUAUCUGAUAUUGAUGGAAUGGAUCUAGGAAUGUACAAACUAAUGGACACUCACAGUAGUUCCUCAGUCAUUUACUCUUUUCUCAACGUAGAUAACAAUACGUGGGUUUUUUUUGUCAUUGACUAAAGGUCUCAACUGGAUUAUUUAAAUGGACUUUAUUUCAAAGCAUUAUAAAUUUUUGUUUUGGGCUUUUCCUGU